AUUUGGUUUCGUCGUGGAAAGCGUAGUGCAGUGAAAAGAAAAUUAUGUAAGAAAAACAAAAAUAAACCGAAAUUCCAUGUUGUGAAUGCAAUUUAUUGUAAAACGUUAUAUUAUUAUGCCUACUGGGCGUGCUGUCCUGCUGUUGCGGCGUCUUUCGACGGGUGAUAAUAGGUUCAAAAGUCUUAAUUUGAAUCAAAAUAGUACGAAGGAGCCGUUGGUUGGAAACCCGGUGUGCACUCACCGAGAUUUAGUCUUACCAAAAAGGUUGUCAACAUUUGGACCAAAUAAUAUUGCUGUCCCACAACUAACAAGGAGUUUCAGUGACAAUAAGAUCAUUAUGGCAUCAUCUAAUGCGGAUAUGCCACCUACUGAACAACCAAAGUAUACUAAUCGCUUAAUUUCGGAGAAAUCUCCCUAUCUCCUGCAACAUGCUCAUAAUCCUGUUCAAUGGUACCCAUGGUGCCAGGAGGCUAUUGAUAAAGCCAAAAAAGAAAACAAGCUUAUAUUCCUAUCUGUAGGAUAUUCUACUUGCCACUGGUGCCAUGUUAUGGAGAAAGAAUCUUUUGAAAAUGAAGAUGUAGCAAAGGUAAUGAAUGAGCACUUCAUUAACAUUAAAGUAGAUCGUGAAGAAAGACCUGAUAUUGAUCGUGUCUACAUGUUGUUCAUACUGGCGACGAGCGGCGGCGGUGGGUGGCCGAUGUCUGUCUUCCUUACUCCAGAUUUACGGCCCGUCACUGGCGGCACUUACUUCCCUCCUGAAGACCGAUGGGGAAGGCCAGGCUUCAAAACAAUUCUUCUAUCAUUGGCCAAUAAAUGGAAAGAAAAUCAGGAACAAUUCAUGGAAGCUAGCGUCAACAUCAUGCAAGCACUGCAAAAAAUAUCUUUAGUAGACUCUGAAAGUUCUAAUAACUCUAUUCCUGGAGAGGCAACUUGGGAAAAGUGUGUUCGCAGGUACAUCAAUAAUUAUUAUGAACCAGAAUUCGGCGGAUUUGGAUCAGCACCGAAAUUUCCACAAGCUUCCAUUUUCAAUUUUUUGUUCCAUUAUUAUGCACGUGACAAAAACAAUGCUGAGGGUAAAAAAUGCUUGGAUAUGUGCUUGCACACUUUAACUAAAAUUGCAAAGGGUGGCAUUCACGACCACAUAUCUAGUGGUUUUGCCAGAUACUCUGUUGAUAAUGAUUGGCACGUGCCUCACUUCGAAAAAAUGCUUUAUGAUCAGGCGCAGCUGACGGUUGCUUACACAGAUGCGUACCUCGCGACAAAAGAUGAUUUUUUCGCUGAUGUUGUCCGAGAUAUCAUAAAAUAUGUAAACAGAGAUCUGCGACACCCGUCAGGUGGGUAUUACAGUGCUGAAGAUGCUGACUCUUAUCCUGAAGUAGGAGCCCCUCAUAAGAAAGAAGGAGCAUUUUGCACUUGGCAGUAUAAGGAACUGAAAUCUCUUCUCGAACAUAAGAAAGUGAAUGCUUCACUUUCUUAUUUAGAUGUAUUUUGCGACUACUUUAGUGUAGAAGCUGAUGGAAAUGUUUCUCCUGGAAGUGAUCCUCAUGGUGAACUUACCAAUCAGAAUGUAUUAAUUAUUUACGGCAGUAAGCAAGAGACAGCAGAGAAGUUUAAACUGUCAAUGGAGCAGUUCGAUCAAGUUAUAACUGAUUGUGUUCAGAUAUUGUACGAAGCACGUCAAAAGAGGCCCCGUCCGCAUUUAGACACAAAGAUAUUGUGUUCUUGGAAUGGUUUGAUGAUCUCUGGUUUAGCACAAGCUGGCCAGGGACUAGGAGAGAAACAAUUCGUGGAGGAUGCAAUCAAAACGGCAGAAUUCAUUCGACAACAUUUGUACGACGAGACGAAUCAAAUUUUAUUACAUUCUUGCUAUAGAGCCGAAGAUGGAACAAUCGCUCAAACUGAGGAACCAAUAAAGGGAUUCUUGGACGACUAUGCUUUCUUGAUUAAGGGUCUGUUGGAUUUAUAUGAAGCGUCAUUGGACUACCGUUGGCUGAAAUGGGCGCGCGACUUGCAACAGAAACAGAACGAGUUGUUCUGGGACCCUGUCAAUGGUGGUUACUACACCUGUUCUAUGGACGACGCCAGUGUGGUGUUACGGCUCAAAGAGGAUCAAGAUGGCGCUGAACCCUCAGGCAACAGCGUGGCCUGCCACAACUUGCAACGAUUAGCAGCAUACGCAGACAAGAGCGCGGCUCCCGAGGGCGGGGAUGGCGAGAGAGAGAUGGCCAUGAAACUGCUCAAAGCAUUCUCCAAGAGACUCAACGAUGCCCCCACUUCUCUGCCGGAAAUGAUGUCUGCCCUCAUGUUCUAUAACGACUCUCCUACUCAGGUGCUGAUAGCAGGCGGUUGCUCGGACCCGCGCACGUUGGAGUUGGUCCGCGUGGUGCGGUCGCGCCUGUUGCCGGGCCGCGUGCUGGCCGUCGCCGACCCGGCCGCUGAGUCCCCCGCCGGUAUGUCCGACAUACUGCUGAGCCGCAUCAGGUCUGUGGGUGACGUCCCGACGGCGUACGUGUGUCGUCGCUACGCGUGCUCUCUGCCCGUCACCGACGUCAAGCAGCUCGAGAACUUACUCGACGAGACGCCCGCCGCGCCAUCUCUUAACACUAAAUGAACUACAUGGAAAAUUAUUUUGUUUUGCAUAAUAUACCCAUUUGCCAUACUACUCAUCAACUAUGCAGUCAGUUCCUUUGCAAAAUAAUAUUUAAGCUCGACUAUUCGGGGCUCUCCGACCGAGAAAAAUCUCAACAACAUAUUAUUAUAAACUUACCCUACCCACCUACAUCUUCUAGAUAGAAAGUCACUCAUUAGAAUUUACUACGGGGCCCGAGCAUGUUUCAUCCAGUAACUGAGACCACCUAAUAGAAUGGGUAUAUUAUGAAAACAAAAUUCUAUGGAAAGCUUUAAAUCGGAAAGUGAUAAUACAAUGGAAUGAUUUUAGUUCUACUCUAUUUACUACUUACCAAGUCAUAAGUCAUUCUAAAAUUACAAUCUGAUGCUUAAUAAACCUAGUCAUCGUAACAACAUUCGAGGCAUUUGUCAUCGUUGUUGUUUGUUAGAACACGUUCGAAAUCUCAUGACAAUCUCUAGGUGUUUAGUAAUCUCAACUCAUACAUUCAACAUAUACAUAAGUACAAUUAUAUCUCGUUACUAACACUAUACCAGUAAGUAGUCUUAUGUCCACAACACACCAGACGUUGUUUUAAGUAUUUCUGUCGCCAUUUAAAUGGUGCAUGCGACUUAAAAUUUUGUAGUUUCAGUAUUCGAAUGUCUAAUUGUCUAUUAUAUAUCUUUGUACUGUUGCUAUGUAACUUGAUGUAGUAUUUGUAGCGUUUUAGAAUCUGUCGAUUAUAAUAUUUUCUAAAUUGUUGAACACUAAGAUAUAACGUCUCGAAAAAACAAUUGGCAAUGUUUAGUCUGAAGUAUGUGAUAGUGUAAUUUAUCAAAAAGUCGAAUACAAUUAGUUCGUUGAAUACAAUAUUGUGUAGGCUGCAAAAUCAUUUGUAACUAACUAGUUAGCUAGUUUUAGACUCUAAGAUAACUGUCAUAAAGUGUAUUUGAUAUAAUUUGUGUAGUUUCAAACGAUUGGUGAAGUAUUCAUUAUUAUUAUUUAUUGAUUGAAUAAAAUAUGUAUAGACCUUUAGAUGUCGCUAAAAGCAAAAUUUUUGUUGUAUUUGUGAUAUUUUUACGUAAUAAAUACUGUUACGAAAU